CACAGCAGGAGUACAGAAGAAGAACAUGUCCCGGAAACAUCGAAACAUUAACCGAUUUUAAAUAUCUUCUGACUGUCUGUGGAAUAAACUCAUGUAGGAGUGGGGUUUUGUACAUAUUUGUAAAAUACGUGAACCGUUAUUCAGCAUGGACAUAUCCUCUGAUGAAUCUGAUGACUGGUUCAUGGAGUCUCUAAACACAUACAAAGACCUGCAUGUAUUUCAACUCGAGCAUCCGACAAAAGUAAUAGAGUGGACGGGUGAUAAAAAUAUUUGUGUUGCAGGAUACACUGGAGCAAGAAGUGAAAUCUUAGAGUUACUUCUGCCUCUUAAGUUAUAUGCCGGAGAAAACCAGGGCCUUUGUGCAGAAAGAGACUUCAAAGUACAGCAUGGUGGAUUCUCUGAGGAACCUAUUGAGAGUUUGAUACAUAUCCCUGGGACAAGGUGUGUGGUGACAAGUGGAAGUUUUAGUACGACAUUGCAGAUAUGGGAUAUUGGAGGCGAUGACAGCGAUGUUAUAAAAAAGACUGGAGUCAUAAACCUCAAGAGCACAUCAGCAAAAGGCAGUAAAAUAGCACCUGGGUUAACAGACGAACCAGCAGUCCUUCAUGGUUCUUGUAUAAGUGAAGUUCAGCUGACAGAGAUAGCAACAGGACGGGUUCUGUAUACAGUAGCAAAAGAGUCCUCCGAUUCAGUGAGUGGCUUACAGUUUGUGAAUGCUUGUGUGUUUCUCAUUUGUGCGAGUGAUGGCUCUCUGCUCAUGGGUGACACAAGAGAUCCCUCGACUUGUCAUUAUCCUCUGGAAGACAGUAAGAGUGAUUUGCACUGGGCAUUUGGACUGAGGACUGACGGCUCUCAGUCAGAACCUUCCUGUUGUACUGUAGCAAGACUCUCGUCCUCUGGUCACAUGCUGCUGUCUGAUCUAAGAAAUGUACAACGUCCGUUUUGUCAAACCCAACUAAAUGUCCAACACAACACAUCAGAGAAUGACUUCCUGAAUGUUUGUUGGGCACCUGUUCUCGACAGAUGUCUGUCUGUGUCGGGGUUUGAUGGAACCGUGCACAUCUACAACACAAUGAAUUGGAGUACAGAGGGACAGAGCCCACAGCCAGUUUUUUCACACCGAGGUCAUGAAAUGUCAGAUGAAGCCAAAUACAGUGGUUCUCUGCCUGUGGUUACCAUCCAUUCUUGGCAUCAGUCACGACCAAAAACUGUUCUCUCAGCAGCUACAGAUGGAUCUCUACAUGUAUGGGACUGGGUGGAUAAAAUCACUGACCGAUGAUGUUAAUGUUCAUUAUAUAAUUAAUAGACAAACUAUUGUGUAAUCAUACAAGCAUAUCCUUUAUUUUAUUUUUUUACAGAUUUGCAUAAUAAUUUGCAGUCAAAGUAGAAUGU